AUGAGCCAAAACGGCGAAGGGCGACUUGACGAUCUUUUCGAACGCGCCAUGGAAAGCGUACUCGACCGGGGUGUCACGCUCGCAACACCAAUCACGAAAUAUCCAGUUUCCCAGAUCGAAGAUGCGUUACGGUUUAUGCAAAGCGGCAAGCAUAUUGGAAAGUUACUGAUCCAGUACGACGCCGGCGAUAUAGCUCCUGUGAUUCAACCAUCUAGAGGCGCUACAACUUUCGCCUCUGACGCGACGUAUGUUGUCUCUGGUGGACUUGGAGGCCUUGGGCUGGAAAUCAUAAAAUGGAUGGUAGACCAAGGCGCGAAGCAUCUCUGUAUUAUUUCGAGGAGGGGACUUGUUGAUGAGAGUGCGAAGGCUGUGGUGACGGGGUUGCAGGAUCGAGGCGUCACGAUUGUCACUCCGUCUUGCGAUAUCACGGACAAGAAGGCGUUGGAGGAGACGAUCUCCUCGACUCUGUCUGGCAUGCCACCUGUCCGAGGAUGCAUCCAGGCAUCGGCCGUUUUCAACGACAAUGUUUUCAAGCAGAUGACAGCCGAUGAUUGGCACUCACCCCUCGAUGUCAAAUGCACAGGGAGCAUGAACUUGUGGGAAACACUCCGCUCGCGCAGCGAAAAGGCAACCCUCGACUUCUUCGUCAUGCUGUCGUCGUUAUUUGGCGCGACGGGCAAUAGCGGCCAAUCCAACUACAGCGCAGGUAACGCCUACCAGGAUGCAAUGGCAAGGCAUCUAUCGUCUCAAGGACAUCAUGUAGUAUCUCUCAAUGCACCAGUGCUGAGCGAUGCAGGCAUGGUCGCUGCGAUACCGAUACUGGUGGAGUAUCUGCUCUCGGUCGGAAUUCCACACAUGACUAUAGGAGAGCUCAUCAACGCAUUGGAAUACUACUGCCGUCCCGCGAACCAAAGCACGAAGGUUGGCGUGAAGGAAGCGCAGUUGUUCCCGAGGUUCUGGCGUCCUGAAUACUCGGCGGAUGAGGGCGCUGAGCAGCCGGGCUGGCAGCACGAGCCGAUGUACAAUCACAUGGCGCUACAAGGCGGUCUCGGCGGUACCAGAACGGGUGGUGAGAAUACCUCUGGGAAGCGUCUCACGUCCAGCCUCAUUGCGGCGGCAGAUUCGCUGGAGGCUGCUCAGAAGAUUGUGCUGGGAGCCUUGUUGGAGCAGUUGGCGAAGACGCUUGGGUAUGAGUUGGAGGAUCUUGACCCUGCUAAGCCGAUGAAUGCGCACGGAGUGGACUCGCUGGUGGCUGUGGAGAUGCGGGUGUGGAUGACCAAGGAGAUUGGAGCCGACAUUUCUGGUUUUGAGCUUACCAGUGGUGAGCGCAUGGAACAGCUUGCUGCGAGGGCAGCAGCGGCAUCGAGAUUCCUGUCCGCCUUGAAGGGAGAGUAA